AUGGCAUGGAAUGGUCCAUAUUUUAUUAAUGUGUACUGGAGAAAUAAAUAUGUGGAAGAUGGCACGAUCAGAACAUUUGAUAACAGGGCAGAUGCGACAUUAGUUAUUGAGCGGAAGCUGUCGUAUUCUGAGUUUUUGGGCAGAAUUUGUGAUAAAGCGGGUUGGGAUAGAAAUUAUGUAAAUCUGAGAAUUAACUUGUUGUUUGAAAACAACGGUGUAAGACGAAGCGCAACAAUUACGGACGACUCGCCAGUGGAAAUUAUUUAUUAUUUUUCAGGUUCAUCAUAUUUGAAGCUAUAUGUUGAAAAUGAAGACACGGUGCAUGCCCAAAAUUUGUUAGAUCUGUCAGGACAAAAACAGGAUGUUACAUUUGUGUCGCAACAGGACCAGCCAUAUUGGAUGAAUAAUUCUCAACAUGCAGAAGCAGGGCUUAGCAGGAGCAGCGGCGAUGGAUACGUUGCAGAGGGACAUGGUGGGGGUCAAAAUGAUGACUUUGAUUCAUCAGAUGAGGAUGAUGCAUCAGACGGGACUUAUGUAGAAAGCGAAGAAGAAGUUGACUACCAAACUGAUGUGUCUGACGAAACCGACUUAGAAGAUGAAGAACAAGAAGCAGAUGCAGGAGCAGAAGCAGUGCAGAACUUAGUUACGUCUGGUUUUGGUCAGCAUGUUUAUUCAGACAUUAGUGAUUAUAAAAAUAGCAUACUGGAUCGAGAUGAAUUUGAAGUUAAGAUGUGGAAAGGUGAUAGAGAAAACCUUGAUUUGAAUACCUGUUUCAACAACAGGGAUGAAGUUGAGGCAGCUAUCGAAGACUGGAACAUAUAUCACAACAGGCAAUUUUAUGUUCUUUCUUCUGGACGUAAGUCAUGGUCUGCAGAGUGCGCGACAAGAAGAAUGCAAACUCCAAUUGGGCAAUCUACUUGUGCGUGGAGGAUGCGUGCAUCUUUGAAGAAGAAUGGUUUGUGGCAAAUUGUAUCCUGGGUUGAUCGUCACAAUUCCGUUGGAGUAACCAGACAUAAUGACCAUCGCAAUUUGAGGUCGAAGUUAAUAGCCAGACUUAUCAGGCGUAGUGUUGAAAAUGAUCCUGGUUUUAAGGUGAAAUCAAUCAGGGAUGCUGUAAAGGAAGCUUAUAAGGUGGAUGUGAAGUACAAGAAGGCAUGGCAUGCAAGAAGAAAAGCUAUCGAAGCGUGUUAUGGUAGCUGGAUCGACAAUUUCACGGAAUUGCCAUGGACUGGAAGAGGUGGAAACAAUUGGGAGUUACAUCAUCGUGAAUACAUUGAAAAAUGGAACAACAGGGCAGACUCCAUUGUGGCUGGGUCUUCGAGUGCUCAAUCCUCAACCGAUGAUGAUUAUCUCCCAUGGUAUGAAACUAAUACCAUCAAAUUUAUCAAGGAUCCUAAUAAGUACAACUUUCAGGAGGAAGGGUAUCGUGAACAUUCGGAUCGUGCAAAAUUCUAUGCUGAUGCUUUGGGCGACAUCUGCAAAAAGGUAGAAGACUACAAGAAAUCAGAAGAUGUCUGCCAAAAUUCAGUUUGUACGAAUCUCCUUCUUGAACUCACUUCUCAUUCUAUGAGUGCUUUAUCCCUUGGAGCACAUGAGAUGCCAAUUUUGAUACCCACACAAUCACUUGUUGAUCUUCAACCACAACCUUCUCAACCGGUUGGCAAAGUUCACAAAUGA